AUAAGCAGUGGAAGUGUCAGUGUCAGCAGGUUGGAGCGAUGGCGUGGAUUCAGCUUCUGCUCUUCUCUCUUCUUCUCUCCUUCACUCCUCUCACUACACUGUCUCGCAGCGUACGUGAUGCUGGUGAUGGUGAUGAUGAUGAUGAUGAUGGGACUGUAUGUAAAGGUAUCUGUGGGGCCAUUGGUGAGGAACUGAAAAGCUGCAGCGGGAAACUGGCCGAGAAAACAGAUUACAGCUUUACCCUGGAGAAGGAUCUCUUCGUGGUGAAGGAGCAGCUGAGGUUGACCAAACUGUUGUGUAUAAACGCCUCUCAGGUGUACUCAGGGCAGAUUGCAGCUCUGCAGAACCAGCUGGGCAGCAUGCUACAGCAACUCAGGGAAAAAGUCACCCAGGGACCAUCUCAAGUCGUGUCAGACAUCCUGCAGGAGUAUGUGAAAGCUCAGAAGCUGGAGUUGGACCUUUUAUCGGAGACAGAUCCGAAGAAGGUCUCAGAGAUAAAGGAUCAACUGAAAAAGUCGACAGCUGACCUGAAGAAGCUGGUGGGGAAAUUGAACGAGAUAGAGUGUCAGACCACGAACAGCAGCCAAAGUCUCGAGAAGGAGCUAAAUGAGAAAUCAGACAGGAUUUCAGAACUGCUUGGCCGGAAUCGGUAUUUGGAGGAGAAGAUCGCUGACACGCUGACAGAAUGCAACGACCUUCAGGAGAAUUACAACAAUUUGGAGGAGAAGAUUGAACACACAGAGACAGAAUACAACAAUUUGGAGAAAAAUUACCAAGAAUUAUUAAAUAAGGUGCCUAUAGAGACUGGAAAACCAGAUUCAAACCUGAAGCUGACUCUGGACAUUCUGCCUCUGAUCCAGGAAAUCAACAAGCUCGAGGACAGAAUCCGCUCCGAGACAUCCAAGGCCAACAAAAAAAAGCUAGAGGAUGAGCUGAGAGAGAAGAAGAAACAACUGGAAGCUAAGAAGAAGGAAGUCAAAGAUCCAGAAACAAUUAAAACUCUGACCAUUAUCUCCAAGCUGGAGGAGCUGUGGAAGUUUCAGAAUGAGAACCUGGACCUGGACAGUCUGGACCAAAUCAAAGAUAAGAAAGAGGAAGUGCUCGGACUCAUCUCUCAACUGGACGACUCAAACCUGGCCAAGAUCAUGCUGAAGAACUUGGUUUUGUUGUCAGAUCAAACACAUCUACAGAGACUCAUAUCAGACCUCAGAGAGAAGGCCGACAAACAGAUAGCAGAACUGCAGGAGGAUGUGAAGAAGAAGGAGGAGGAGCUGAAGAGGAAGAACACAGAGCUGGGGCAGAAGGACAGUGACAUAGCUACGCUAACCAACGAUAUCAAGAAUUUGAGGGAAGAAGUGAAGAAACUCAAGAAACAACUGAAAGACCUGGAGUACUUGACAUCACAGAUCACAGAACUGCAGAUGGAGCUGGACAAGAAGAAGCAGGAGCUGGAGAAAUGGAAAAACUCUCUGGAGGUGAAGGAAUCCGAGUUAGCAAAGAACGUGAUAAAGAUCACGGAGCUCCAGGGGAAACUGAGACAGACUGAAGAGGAAGCCAGAAGGAGAACCCAGGAGGCUAUGAAAAGCAUAACAGAUCUGAGGGAGCAGCUGGAGAAGGAAGAGGGAGAAAAUAAAAGACUACAGGCUGAGCUGAAGAGGGCUACGGAGUGCAGCGACCUCGAGAAAUCUUACAACAAACUGAAGGCCGAGUUUGGUGACACGGUGUCGAAGCUGAACGAUACACUGAUCAAUCAAGUGUUUACAGUGGACGCUCUCAAACAGGAAAUAGACAGACUGAAGGAGGAAAUCGACUCGUCUGAAGGAAACGUGGACGAGCUGAAGCAGAGACUGGAAGAGAAGAUAGCAGAGCUCGAGCAGGCCAAGAAGAAUAUCAGGAAGUGGAGGAAAGAAUCUCUGCAGCUUCAGAGGUUACUGGAGGAUUUGAGGAAGGUGAACAGGAAGCAGGAGGAACACAUCCAAGACUAUUUAGCCAAGAUUAACCAACUAGAGGAGGAGAUGGAGGAUUUGUUGACCCAACUGUCGGCCAGCGGAAACGAGAAAGCUUCACUGUCCAUCCAGGUGAUCUUCCUGAAGGAGGAAGUGGCUAAGUUGAAUAAAGCUCUAGCGAGGCUUGAGGAGGAGCAGCAGGAGAAGACAGCAGGUUUGGAGAAGGUGAUCGAAGAGAAGAAUAAAGAGAUUGCUUACCUGAAGAGCAGCGGAUGUGGAACGGACCAGCUCAAGAACCAGAUCUCCAACCUUCAGCAGGAGCUGAAGGAGAAAGAGCAGGAGCUGAAGCAGCUGAGGAAAGAGAAUGCUGCACAGAUCACAGAGCUGCAGAAACAACUAACUGAGAAGAACCGCAAGCUGCAGGAGGCCAAAGAGGAACUGGAGGUACUGGACGAAGAAAACAUUAAACUGAUCGACAAAUUAGCCGAUCUGAAUACGCAGUUGAACAAUCAAAGAGAAGAGCAAAGGCGGAAUAUUCGAGCUGCACAGAAACGCAUCUCUGAGCUGGAGAAGCAGCUGAAGAAGAAGGAGAAGGACAUCUCUGACCUGAGUAACAGUAACACAGAGUGUGAGGAGCAGCUGAAGCAGAAGCAGAGGGAGAUUUCAGACCUGAACCAGGAGAAAGCUGAUCUUGAAAAGCAGCUGAAGAAAAAGAAGAAUGAACUCUCAAAUCUGAACGACAAUAACGCAGAGCUUAAAGAUCAGCUGAAGAAGAAGGAGACGGAAAUCUCAGACCUGGAGAACAAUAACACAGAACUCCAAAAGCAGCUGAGGCAGAAGGAGAAGGAACUUUCAGAACUGAGGAACACUAAUGAAGAUGUGAAACAGGAGAACAAGAAUCUGCGUGAUCAUCUGGCCACGCUGAAUGAGCAGCUCAAGGGAACAAAGAAGCUAGAAGAUCAGCUGAAGCAAAAGGAGAAGGAACUUUCAGACCUGAAGGAGAAGAAUGCUGACGUGACGAGUGAGAACGAGCGUCUACAUGGAGAUGUGAAGAAACUGAACAACCGAGUAAAAGCCCUGGAGAAAAGUGAAGAUCAGCUGAGGCAAACGGAGAAGGAGAUCUCAGAGCUGAAGAGAGAAAACAACAAGCUGCUUGCUGAGAAGGAGAAUCUGCAAGAAGAUGUGACCAAACUAAAAAAACAGUUAAAGGAUCUGGAGAAACCGCCAGUCACGCCCAAACCCCAAGUCACCAUCAAUUCUCUGCAGUUUGACCCCAACACGGCUCACAGUAGACUCCUUAUCUCUGAUGACCGGCAGUCAGUGCGUGGUGUUCAGUACUCCAUCGUGCGACCCGACAACCUGAGACGCUACGACACCGUGAUCGGCGCCCUCGCAGGAACGGGCUUCACUGGCGGCAGGCCGUACUGGGAGGUACAGGUGAAAGAUCGCUCCUGCUUCACAGUGGGUGUAGCGGCUGAAUCUGCACCCAGGAAAGGAAGGAUCGACUUCAGGCCCAGUUAUGGAUACUGGGUCAUCCAGAAAGGGAACAGGCAGCUCUAUCUGCUAACAGAAGAAGCUUUCGUGAUCCACCUUACCAACCAACUCAACAUCAUCGGGGUCCUGAUCGACUUCUUCCAUGGAGAGGUAGCCUUCUACAACUCUGAAACCAGAACAGCCCUCGGCGUCUUCAGAGGGAACCGCUUCACAGAGAAGCUCUACCCCUUUGUGGCUACCUGCGGUCAAGAGGGUCCAGCAGACUGGCCCAUAGAGCUGCUGGAUACUGGCUUCCCACAUUGGCUUCCUAACUAGUACACACACACACACACACACACACACAGACACACAGACACAGAUUAUACCCUUGUAACUUUUGCAUUAUUUCCUGAAAUUAAAAAAAAUCUGUUUUGCUUUC